CUACAUCCAUACAAACUCCGCUCUGCAGAUGCGCCUAGUAUGUCGCAUCCCAUAUACACCAGCCCUAUACAUAUCCCCUCAAUGUCUUCUUCUCCUCCCUCUCCCACAACAAUGCAUUUGACGGUCUCCACCGUCGCAAACGUUUUCGUCAAAAUGCGUCGCGCAAAGGAGCGAGCAAAGUCUCACCACAUCGAAUCCACCUCUGGCGAUCCACAAUCUCAUCCAUCCCUCGCAGAGGAAGGAGCGACGUGCAAACGUAAAGUCCCAAUAGUCCAAAGCGACCUCUUCAUCUGUGUUGGCGCCGUCGAUGUUACAAAACUCCUCAGAGGCUCGCGCGCCACAUUGCUGGAGAAGGCUGAGUUUUUGGGCGGCAAUGUCUUGGUGGACGAGUACUGGACGUGUACGAUAUGUGGGCCAAAAAAUAGAAGAAAUGGGACUUUCAGAGUUCAUGUGCGCUAUCUAUUCUUUUGUCCUCGCCACGUACUCUAAUACCAUCU